GGUUGUAAUCGAUAAUGAAGCCUGCAAGGAUGCCACGGUUAUACGCGUUGAUAGUGCAAACAAGCAUGGAAUACUUCUUGAAGUAGUACAGAUCCUCACUGAUCUUAACCUUAUCAUAACUAAGGCUUACAUAUCUUCUGAUGGUGGAUGGUUCAUGGAUGUUUUCAAUGUUACUGGCCAAGAUGGAAACAAAGUUACUGAUGAAGCCAUUUUGGAUUACAUUAGAAAGUCUCUUGGUCCCGAAUCUUGUGUUACUUCUCCCAUGAGAUCUGUUGGGGUUGAGCAAACAAUGGACCACACAGCAAUUGAGCUUAUGGGAAGUGACAGACCAGGAUUACUUUCAGAAUUGAGUGCUGUUUUGACCAACCUCAAGUGCAAUAUUGUGAAUGCAGAGGUGUGGACUCACAACACCCGUGCAGCCGCCGUAAUGCACGUGACAGAUGAAGAGACCGGAUCUGCUAUCACUGACCCUAAGAGGCUCUCUAUAAUCAAGGAACUUCUAUGCAAUGUGCUUGGUGGUGGCAACAAGAAGAGGGGGGCUAAGACUGUUGUCACAGAUGAAGCCACACACACUGAGAGAAGGCUUCACCAAAUGAUGUUUGCUGAUAGGGAUUAUGAACGAGAAAAUGAUGAUGACUUUGAUGAGAAGCAAAGGCCAAAUGUCAAUGUUGUGAAUUGGUCUGACAAUGAUUAUUCUGUAGUAACUAUUCAGUGUAAGGACAGGCCAAAGCUUCUCUUCGACACAGUAUGUACUUUGACUGACAUGGAGUAUGUGGUUUUUCAUGCAAAUAUCGAUGCCAAGGGGCCAGAAGCAUAUCAGGAAUAUUACAUCAAGCAUAUUGACGGGUCCCCUGUGAAAUCAGAUGCAGAAAGACAAAGAGUGAUACAAUGUCUUGCAGCUGCAAUUGAGAGAAGAGUUUCUGACGGUUUGAAGCUAGAACUCUGCACCACCGACAGAGUUGGACUUCUAUCUGAUGUCACACGUAUCUUCAGAGAGAAUAGUCUCACAGUUACAAGGGCAGAAGUGGCCACAAAAGGAGGCAAAGCUGUCAACACUUUCUAUGUUCGUGGGGCUUCUGGUUUCCCUGUUGAUUUGAAGACCAUAGAAUCCAUUAGGCAAACAAUUGGCAACACAAUCCUUAAAGUAAAGGGUAGCCCUUCAGAGAUGAAAUCUGUUCCUCAGGAUUCUCCCACCAGAUCCCUCUUUAGUGGUCUUUUCAAGUCCAGAUCUUUUGUGAACUUUGGCUUGGUUAAGUCUUAUUCUUGA